CAUUGCUGCUCGACCAUGUCUCUGCCUUUUCUGCUAACUCCAUUCCAGCGUGUUUUUAACCUCCUCCCCUUUUCUUCUCUGAUUCGGGGCUGUCCCAACAUUAAGAGCCCACCUCUUGUAGCACAGCAUUACGGACAGUCCGUGGAGGAAGAAUACGCUAAAGGCUUUGGACACAGAAGCAUUAGAUUUAAACCGAGCUGUAGCCCCGCAGCGCAGCGGGGACUGAACAAUCGUGGCAAGAUGUGGGUUUGGUACUUUCUGCUCGGUUCGGGAACGCGCACGGGCUCGAUCGAUUGUCAGCUUCUACCUGGAAAUAACUUUACAACAGAGUGCAACAUUCCAGGAAAUUUUAUGUGCAGCGAUGGUGAAUGUAUUCCUGGAGAUUGGCAGUGUGAUGGCUUUCCGGACUGCUUCGACAAGAGUGACGAGAAGGGAUGCCUGAAGGUGAAGGCAAAAUGUGCACCCACAUUCUUUGCUUGUGCAAACGGCGUCCACUGCAUUAUUGGCCGCUUCCAAUGUAAUGGUUUCAGAGACUGCCCUGAUGGCAGCGAUGAAGACAACUGCACUGAUAAUCCUCUGGUGUGUUCAUCUGCACGUUUCCACUGUGACAAUGGACGGUGUGUAGAUCGCAGCUUUCUAUGCAAUGGACAGGAUAACUGUCAAGAUAACAGUGAUGAAGAAAACUGCCUUACAACAGCAGAAUCCCCUGGACAGGACUUUGUGACACUGGACUAUAGACUACGCUAUUACCCCAGUAUCACGUAUGCAGUUAUUGGCAGUGCCAUCAUAUUUGUCCUGGUAGUGGCAUUACUGGCCCUCGUCCUGCACCAUCAGAGAAAGCGAAGUGUUUUGCUGCCACAGGGGGUCUACAGAGGUGCCUGCCACCAACCACUCCUGCUCUCCCGGCUUGUCAUACUGGACAGAGGACAUACCCAUCCUGGAAGCCAUGACCUUUCACCCCACUGUUCAUCCUCAACAGAGGCAUUCAGCUCAGUCCAUAGUCUCCAGUUGCUCUCUCUUUCACAAUAUCCAAGAACUGCGAUAGACUUGCCACCAUCAUACUCACAGGCUGUACUGGAUGUUGGCCGACCCACAUGGUUUGAUCUCCCACCUCCUCCUUACCCUCCAGAGACUACUACAGCUCAGUCUGAGAGAGAACCACCUGUAUAUGAGGACCCAGCUGAAACCACAGAAUCAGCCAGAGCUGUAUUAUCUCAAACCUGGACCAACAACACUAACACCAGUUGUGCAGAGUAAAGAGUCUUAGCAGCCAUCACUGUAAAUUCAGAAGAUAUGGACUGUAUGUGCGUUAUGCAAAACUCUAUGCUGAAUGUUCAGAAAGAAAAGCAUUGAUGAUGUAGAUGUUUGCAGAUUCACCAAGUAUGUGUAGGAGCAUGGUAGUGCCAUCAUCAGGUGGCCAAUCAACUGCAUUACUCUUAUCAUAAGCAAUGCCACUGGCAGCCAAAAAAGCAGUAUACAGACGGAGCUAAUCCAGAAUAAGCUUUUUCCUACUGUUGCAAAAGUACAAUUGAUAGUCUUGUCUGCAGUAAUGCUAUGAGGAUAGACUUUACCUACUAGUAAAGUGACUAGUGUCAAAGCUCAUCCUCGUGAGUGACAGUUUAAGUAAAAUAUGUUCUCAAAUCAUUUUCAAUAUUUACAUAAAGUGUGGGACAGUUGUUUUAAUGUUUAAUUAUCAUGGGUUUACAUGGUUUUCAGUGUUUAUAUUCCCUGUGAGUUUGAUGUAAAUUGGGAAUGCAGAAUGCCUCUGUGUCCCUGGCGUAAUGUUUAUGAACAUGAAGUUUAACCAUCUAACCUAACCCUAACCAGCUUCCUCCCACAUUUCUCCCAUUUAUUGUCCCCAGACCCCAAUGCUGGUUUCUAAAGACAAAGUUCCAGCUCAUAAAACUCAUAAUGCUAUUCAAGACAUUCAACCUCCUGUGCAUACUCAUCUCUUUUUCCAGUGUGCUUCCCUCCUCAGUGAUGGCUGGUUCAUCCUCAUUCUGUGCUCGACCUCCUUCCACCUCAAGUUCCCCUCUUUCGGCGACUCCUGCGAAACAGCGGAGAUGUUAAACUUCAUGGAGCAGUGUGAAAACUUCCUGGAAAUCAGGCACCUUCCAAGCAACAAGCUCAUCGGGACUCUAAGCAUGGUCCUGAAGGGACCCACUCAGAGCUGGUGGAAAGCAGAGAAGUAAACUGACUGUCAAUCAGCCUUCAAAAAGGCAUUUAUGGCUGCAUUUCUUUCAGACGAUUACCUCUCAGAAGUGGAGGAGAAGUUGAGGAUGUUGGUCCGACAGCCACAUCAACACUCGAGGGACUUUGCCUAUGACUACCAGGCUCUCUGCUUGAAGUGGAAGCCAAAGAUCUCUGAGGAGAAGCUGGUGAACCGCAUCCUAAACAACAUCAACCCCAGGGUUGCAGGAUGUCUGUGGGGGACAGUGAACACCAUGGAGCAGCUGGUGAAGGUUGGGUCAAUGGUGGAAAAGGACGGCAUGGGACUACUGGCAAAAUAUCGGUACCCAGAGUAGCAGAGACAAGCCGAAGAGUGACACUCCAUCAGUCAUUACCUCUACCCCUCAGAGAUUCAUUAUGGAGGAUGGAACAAUUCACCAAUCUAGAGACCUGCAAAAGAUGCAGUAUCAGUGGAAUGACAGAGAGUGCAUGGUGGACAAUUAUAUCCUGAAAAACACUCAGCUCCUGAACUUCCUGAAUGCCACUGGAGCUGUUUUGGAAGGGGGACAAGGCAGGUAUGGCUUUAGAUCUGGAAAAGGAUAGACAUAUUACCCUUUCCUGCCAUCCCAGGUUCCAGCAGGUCUGACUACACCUUCUGGUGGGUCAAGCUCAUUCCCUUACAGCUGCUAAGUUGAAUCUAUACUAUGCCUUACCACCAACUGGCAGACUUCCCGAACUCAUGUCCUUCACCCCAGAGAUUAUUCAGUGGGACUCAGACAACCAGGAAAAGCUGCUGAUAUUGAUCUCCACCUGGCCACACACCAUCUCAAACACCCUGAGUAAAACAUCAGUCGUACAACAUAAGAUCGCAUUGUCUGAUGACAAACCAUUCAAAACCUGUGUAUACAGAGUUUCACCCCUGAAGAAACAGAUAAUCAAGGAAAAUGUAGACCAGGUGCUCUGAGAUAACAUCAUUGAGCCCUUCGGUUCAGCCUGGUCUUCACCUGUGGUCCUGGUCCCUAAACCUGACAGCUCAUACAGGUUCUGUGUGGAUUACAGAAAGUUAAACACCAAGACUGUACGCUUACCCAAUGCUGCUGAUUCAUGAAUCCCUGGAAGGCGCCUACUGCUUUAUCUCUUUUUGCAUGCGUUCGUACUGUCCUUUAAAGUCCAAUGUUAAGUGUGUGUGUGUGUUAUGGGUCGGCCUCACCAGUAAGGCAUUUUGAGACAUUUGAGACUGAGAGCACAAUGAGGAACAGCGCUGUCCUGUGAUGAAAUCGAAGGUAAAAUAAUCCCACAAGAUUUGUUAUUUCCACAGGGAGGGAACUCAGUGUCACAGUCAGAAAACAGCAAGUGUGAAUGACGCGAUCGAUCGCUAUAGUCCAAACAUGAAGAGCAUUGCUCUCAAAUGCCAGCAAACCUGCUACUUCUAUCGGAAGUGUCAAAUCAGUUAAUCCCGUGACAUACUGGGGAUUCCCUGGCGCGUUGCUGAGGAACUCUUAUGAGAGAAAACAGGAACAACAACACUGAACGGGGCAACAAAACACAGGGGAAAGAAUUAUACGACAGCUGACCUAAAUUUACAGUUAUCUUGAUAAGCAGCCUUAUAAAUCUCCCUUUUAUGUGAUUGCGCCACAUAGAUCCCCUCCCCCCGCUGACAACGUCUGAGGAGAACGUCUGUAAUAACGCUUAAGAUUCACUACAUUAAAUACAUCAGUUUUACGUGGGUUGCCCCAGCACACAGUGUAAUUUAUUGGCCCUGUUUUGCUUUUUAUUUCCACUGGACCCUCCCACUUGAGCACUAGCUUGGCAGAGAAUAUGUUAGAGGCCUUUGAAAGAGGAUGGUUUUUAAACCAAUCUAGGUCACCUGGUUGAAAUUGCACAUUUUUUCUACAGUAAUUAUAAUUGGUUGUUUGGCUUGGCUCAUCCUCAUCCUGUUUUUCACCUCCACUGCCAUGAUGUUCUGUCGCUCCACCAGAGAAUACGCAGCCUGAUCAGGUGAGGGUAGUCAGUGGAUUAGGCUUUCCAGUGGUCCCAACACUUGCCUACACAGCAUGAGCUCUGCACGUGUCCUCCCCAUGCUAUCCUGCUGGGCGUAGUUGAAUUCUGUUAGCCACUGGUCCCAGGUUUGAUGUCGUUGUACAUAGAUAACAUUGUCCAACCAUUUUUUUACAGUCCGGUUGAUUCUUUCAGUUAAGUUUGCUUGUGGGUGGUAGCUUGUUAGUCUCUGAACACAACCCUAUGUCUUGCACAGAUUGCCUAGAAUGCUAGAGGUGAACUGGGGACCACGGUCGGACACUAGGUACUUUGAAACAACCCAACGAGUAAAAAUCUCCUCCCAGAGGAUUUUCACUAUCUUGGGAUCCCUAAGUGGAAACAUCUCCACCCACUUUGUGUAAUUAUCAACAAUGACAAGAAGGUAAGUGUUCUGUUUCUUACUGGUGGGGAAUGGAUCCAUUAGAUCAAUCCCUAGAGUGCGUCCAGGCUCUGUGAACUUUGCAAAAGUCCAGAUGGGUUUGUAUUUCUGGAAUACCUAAAGGCUUUUGAUGUACUUCCAAACGUUCUUCCUGACGGCCACCAUGCCACCUCCAGGAUUUUCAGCAUUUUUGUUUUUAGCUGUCCAAGAUGGCCUCCUAGGGGAUUAUCAUGGUAAUAGUGCACAAAGUCAGUUCUUAGUGUCUGUGGUACCACCAGCUGGUAUUUUUUGACACUCUUCUUUAAUUUUUUAAAGGUACUUUGCACUACCACACCCCUUGGUGGUCUUCAAAGGUAAUGGACUGUUCUUUGACUGAGCGAGAUUGGAUGCCAGUUUGGAGGUAAGUGAUUGUAUUGUCCAAACAUUGAGCUUGACCAAUUUCUUCCAGAGAAUGUGGUGAGGUAGACAAGUGGUGUGAUAUGGAGAGACAAGGGGUGGCAUCAGUGAAAGAUAGCUGAUAUAUGCCUGGGAUUAACCGGCUAUAAAAGCCACCAAGAAAUCCCAGUUGAAGGGAGAGAGGAAAGGAGAAAGUUUGAGCUAUCAAUGUUUGCAGCCCAAGACAAGUGUUGCUAGUUGUUGUUUGCGAACUGAUACUUAAAGGGGUCAUAUGACGUUGUUAAAAAGAACAUUAUUUUGUGUGUUUGGUGUAUUUCCUGAAACCUCUUUGCUUUGUUUCUGUUAUUUCUUAUGUAAUAAAUUGAAUUUGUAAUGGAUCUUUUAAUGGUUGGCAGUGUUCUUUAGGGCUGAGACUGGGAUGAGAGGCUACAUGUGGACUCCAUGUGUUUAUUUUGUUACGUAUUCUUCAAUUCCCCAGAUUGAUUACAAAGUGGGAACGUAACACCCUCAAUUCAGCUAGAACUCUCUCCAUCAAAUGCUGGAAGAUGGCAGCGGCAUUUCCAAGCCCAUACAGCAUAGACUUGAAUUGAAAUAGCCCCUUGGUGGUAAUAAAAGCCGUCUUCUCUCUACUCAUUUCCUCCAUCUCCACCUGUCAGUAUCCGGACUGCAGAUCCAAUGAGCUAAACCAGGAGGCACCUUCCAAGGAUUCUAGGAUGUCAUGAAUCAGCGGCAUUGGGUAAGCGUCGGGUACAGAACCUGUAUGAGAAAUCAGGUUUGGGGACCAGGACCACAGGUGAAGACCACGGCGAGAAGGAGAGCUUAAUGAUGUUGUCAUGGAGCAUCUGGUCAACUAUUUCUUCAAUGAUUUUUAUUUAUUUAUUUAUUUUUUUUGAGGGGAGAAACUAUGUAUGCCUGGGAUUUAAAAGGUAUAUCAUCAGUCAAUGAUAUCUUGUGCUGUACAG